AAAAAAAAAAAAAAAAAAAAUUCACCGGGAUCAGGGUAGCGGAGUAGCCAAGUGCAUUAAAGCAGAUUUUCGCUUAGCGACAGACCGAGGAUUGUCCGUUUGCCGCAUCUGCAGCGGCUCGCAUUCGUAGAUAGAUCGAUCCUGCCCCUUAUUAUGUUCCCCGUCGGCUGCAGUAGGUAUUUAUACAGGUCAGCUCGAUCCCCUUUGACGUUUUUGCCGCAAUAACGUCGAAGCGAGAGGGACCCCCGUUAUAUAAUGCUGCGAAAAUCAUUGUCUUCUGCUCGUAUAUUAUACGCACCUACCUGUGAGAGCUUCGGGUAUUUGACGCGGUGACGCCCCUCGGCUCAUUACGUAUUCUUUUCUUAAAGCGCAGGAUGAGCAUCGGAAGGAAUAAGUCUCCGGUGCGCGCUAUAACUGCAUAGCGAAAUGUACAAUGCGCGCUUCGCGUUGAACACGUUAUUCGCAUGUCAUUUAUAGCGUCUAUAUUAUGGAUUAUUUUUUUUUGCAACGAUCAACCGGACGUAGUCUCGUCGAACGCGUAGCUACAUAAUUCACUUUUUUUCGAAUUAUAUCUUAUCUUUUACGUGCUAUUAUCGUUGAAUAUUUCAACUGAAACUCUGACGAUGAAUUUUUCAUUCAAACUUCUCUCUGCCCGGUACUCUGCGUAAGCAUAAGUGCUUACUCCCCCUGGCAUAACGCGGCCAGCUCAGUGUACAACACAGCUCUUAUCAAAACAGUGACUUGACAAUCGCUUGAUAUUUGCGCGCACAUUCUAUAUGCGCGUAUAUACGUGUAUUCAUACCGUCGCAGCUAUAUUACAAAAAGCCUAUAUCUAUAUACAUAUAUACAUGCGCUGUAUAUUAUAUGGCUGCCGAGUUCUCUCUCCGUCUCCGUCUCGCGCAGAGGACGCGAGUAAAAAGAGCCAUCGAAUACCUCUGCGUAUACGCAAGUGCGCCGUCGUCCGCGCUAAACUCAAAGCAGCGUAAAAAGAGCCAGCAUCGUAUAUAAGCGUUCGAAAAAACAGUCGUAUUUGUAUAUAAUUUAUUAUGUGCAUGGCGAAAUAAGGCAAGAAAAAAGAGCGUAUAUAUAGGAGAAAAUAAAAGAGCGAGAGAGAGGUGUCCGCUAGGCGGCGUCGCGCUGCCUUUUACAAAACGGAUCGCUGCUGCCAGGCGUGAGGCGCACUAAAAUCCCGGAGAGCUGGCCAUCAGCAGGGCUCUGCCACAAAGCAGCCUGCAGCAGUAGUCCACGACGUUAUACUCCACUGUUCGCUUCUCUCUCUCGCUCUCCCAUCGUGUAUACAUGUAUACCCGAUAGCUCUCUCCCUCUCUUUGUCUUUCCUCACUCCGCACACUGCUCUGGCUAGGCUCAGAGUCGCUGCGCUGCAGCACGCAUAUAUAGAUAUACACAGAGGCACAGCCAUACCUACUUACGCUCUCCCGCAGCAGUCACAGGCAACCUUUGUGAUCCUCGAGUCUCGCGCCGAACCGUCAGUCGUGCUCUCCCGGCUCAGCCGCAGUCUGUACUUCUUGGGAGACUUCCAGGUGCACCUAACCCUCCUGGACACCCAUAGCUAUCCCUAUAGGCAGUCUAGAUAGCGAACUUCCUACGCGCCGGCCAGGCUUCGGUGGCCAUAUAACGCGCCUGCAACACACAACGGGGACGCACCUAAAAUCGAGCCGGCGCUGUCGGAUCUGCGGAAACGCGCACCAGGAAAACGGCCCAGCUCAUUUAUUCGGAGCCCUGUAUUGACCAAGUCUCCUUGCGCGUGUGUGUGUGCGCGUGUGUGUGUGUUACUGCGUUCUGUUCUAUCUCUGGCAUUUGGAGCUUGAUGGAGCAUUAGCCAACUUUUUUUCUCUGUACUGCUGUUGCCUCUCUGCCUGCUGCAGUGAUCCGGUGAAAAUCUUUUGGUCGAGUUGUACUCAGAGGACUGUAGAUGGGUCGUCAGCUUGUGUUCUGUGCAGCGAGCAACGCUUCCUCGUCCACUUGGCAAAAUGUUUGUGAAGAAUAUACAACAACAAGGCACCGGAGAGACUGCUAUGAAUGUUGACUGCCCGCUGCUGGCUAGUCUCAAGAGGUCCAGCAGUGCACCAAUGAUUAACGAAAUAAGUGCCACUAUGUCCAUCACUUCGCCUUCUACUUCUGCUCCACCUAGGGAUGCUGUUACAUCGUUUAAUGUCUUUUCCAAUAUGCCUAGAGCUAGAAGAUUUAGUACCAGUAGCCCUGGUGGAGCAAUUGGAAUUGGUCCUAGACUCACACCAAGAGUGAAUCAAUUGAGAAGGGAAGAAUGUAUAGAUGUUGUGGCAGGGCGAGAAGCUGCACAUGAAAAGGAAAUUCACAGUGCAAUGCAAAUUUCUCAGUCAUGGGAAGAUUUGACUUUUGAAACAGAAGGACUUUCCUUCAAGGACUCAUCUACAGAGUCCCCACCAUCAACUAUGUUUGCAACAGCUUCUAAUUUAUUUACACAAUUAAGGACAGAUAAGCAAAUGAUACCCAAGAAGAUCUUUGAUCCUCUGAAUUUAAGUUUAUCACCUGGUGGUCCUCCAUCAUGUUCCUCACCCUCGCCCACAAGGUCUGGAUUGGGCCAACGUCAGUGCUAUUCACCAAGUUUACACGCUGUUGCAUGGAAAAAUGGUUCAUUGUCUCCUAGCCCAACCAGAAAGGCAUUUGCCACAAGGCGGAGUUUGAGUCCCAUAUCGAUUCGUCCGAGUUGUCUCGGUGGUACUGGUGGAGCAAUGAAAAGAAAAUUCGAACUUGAUGAAUCUGGAGGAAUGGAUCGUGUCCUGCAGCCUCCUAUUAAAAGAGCCUUUAAUCUAAUAAUGUCUAAUCCUUCAAGGGCGGAGACGAUACCCAGUCCGUUUUCAUCGAUAACCGCAAAUAGCACAGGUUCAGUUGGAACUCCAGAGUCGCUUUCUAGCGCAGACUCUCCCAACUUCUCGAAUCAGUUGGCCGAAGAAAAUAGUCCAUCGUCGAGUCGGGCACUCCUUCAAAGUGACGACGCCAGCAUGUCGGACAGUAAUAGCGAUCCACAACAGGUCAAAGCAAUGGAGGCUGAGGUGUCAAGUUGUCAGGAAAAUCCAUGCAGUAAUGACAAUAGGUGAACGAACGUCACGACAAGACACAUAAAAUUAUAUCAUAUCCAAACGCUUCUUUCCUUCGUUAGAAAACAAACCUGUCAGACGAAACGCAAGAGUGUAUGUUUCGGAGUUUCAGCUCAUGAUCGUCGAAGGUGUAGAUAUCGCGCGCCAGAUACAGGUUAAAAUUACAUGAAACCUAGUCGAUAGUGUAUAGCCAAGUGCGCUAAUUGACGAGGUGCUUUGAGUGACGAUGCACCUGAGCUGUUGUAAUCUGAUCUCGAAAUGAAGCUCGACUGAUUCCUUUUACUUGGUCUUGGUCAAAAGAAUAUUUGCGACUUUUUUAAAAAUCUUGAACGAAAUUCCACUGAUCAAGCAAUGAGCUAGUAGAACAAGAUCAACUAGUUAACGAUCUAGUUACGUAACAUUGUAUAUUUUUCUGAUUCUAAGAAUAAUAUAAUAUUAGAUUAGUUAAUUUUAUUUAGUUGUGUUAUUCUGGUUAUGUAUAUAUAUACUAUUAAAAAAGUCAAAAGGUUCAAAUAGUUUUUAGGUAAUAAAAUCGUGUUUAGUGUAUACAGCAAGUUAAUCUAUAAUACAUUUUUAAUUUAUACACGUAUAUUAUUUAGCUUGAUUGUUUAAACCUAUAGAUUUGUCUAAUCUAUUUGUAGUAGAAAUUCAACGCCGUAUAUAGCAUGCAUUCUACUUGCUAGUUAAAUUUUGUAUAAAAAAUCUUGCAAAAUUUUUAAUUUUUGCAAUUUUCUAGUAAUGUGCUAGAAUAAUUAAACGAGCUCUGUAACGAUUUUUUCAUCAAAUAAAAUUCUUUCUCUGUA